AAUCUUCACAUAUUGACAGAUUCAUAUCUGUUGAUGAUAAUGAACAUCUCAAUAUUGAAUCAUUAAUCAAAAACUUGAAGAAUGUGAUAAUGAAGAAAUUAUUCAUAUCAUGUAUAGCUGAGUCUCUCAUAUCUCUCUCUGCUCUCUCUAUUUCUUUCUCUGUUACUUCUCUUCAAUCUCUUAUAUCUAUCUCUGUGUCUGAUUCUCUCUCUUCUGUUAUUCCUGUUUCUGUGACUCUCACUCUCACUACUUCUACUCUCUCUGCUUCUGCUGUCUCUGCUUUUAUUAUCAGCUCUCCCUGUUUCAAGAAGAUGUUAUGUAAACUUAAUGAAUCACAUCUAUCAGUGAAGAAUAUCUGUGUUUUCAGAAACAGAAAUGCAGAUAUCAUACUCUUUUAUACUCAUAGAUAUGAGACUUAUAUGUCUU